GUCGGUGACAGUUGACAGCUGAUCACUAAAUCUGUGCAGCUGAUACAAAUGCAUUUUUUUGUUUGUUGGUUGAAGAAGUUGCUGUUUUCUUUGUAAUCAAUUUGCGGGCAGUGACUACAAACUACGCAAUUACGAUAAAAUGGAAAAACCAACUGUGACUGAGCAACCUCCACCUUAUUCAGCGACCGUUCCACCAGGUCCCUCACCACAGCCUGGCGUGCCUCCAGGAGGUCCAUACCCUCCCCCACCCCCCGGCUACACCCCAUACGGGACCGCGCCACCGCCACCCCCAGGCCCAGCCUUCGUGCCCAACUACGGAGCAACCAGCACCAUCAUCAUUCAACCGCCCAUCAUCGCCGUCGGCGCCUGCCCUGCCUGCCGCGUCGGAAUCCUAGAAGACGACUUCACGUGCCUAGGUAUACUCUGUGCUAUUCUGUUCUUCCCACUAGGCAUACUUUGCUGCCUCGCUCUCAAGAAUAGGAGAUGCUCAAAUUGCGGUGCUAUGUUCGGUUAAUUCAUCUGAUGAUUUAGCCUAGGCGCAGACUACCGAUUUUUUAUCGGUCGAUAGUUUAGGCAGUUAAUCAGUAUGGGCAUGUAUGGAAGUGCGCACGCACCGAUUGAAUCUUCAUACAAAUUAGAAUCGGGCCCAACUAUUGGCCGAUUAAAAAUCGGUGGUCUGCGCCUAGGCUUAAACUAAGAAUAUAAUCCGAAACAUAAAAAGCAUUGAAAUCUGAUUUGAAGACUUGAGAAACGUAAUGAUAUUUACUGUGAUCAAAAUUGGUAUUCGGAAUUGAAUAUUCAAGCAACUGGAGCCAAUUAUCUGCUAUAGCUGCUUCAUAAACUAUCUUCUCACUUAUAUUCCUAUUUGAUUGGGAAAUAUUUGAUGAUUGUAAGAAAUUGCUUAUAUUGACUAUUUUUGGUCUGUCCUAAAAUUUUUAACAUUGUGGUCUAUUAAACAUUUAAUCAUCAGGGUUUUUGAUUGAGUUAAUUUACCAUUAAUCUGGCUUAAACAUGAAUAUUCCAUCGUAGUUUUAAUGUAGUUGAGUGACAGAAUUUGAAAUAAAAUGUUUUUAUAAUUAUUAUUCAUUAGUAAUUGAUAUGUUAUAUACCUAUCUAUAUUAUGUUUGAUAUUAGCAUAAGUGAUACAUAUUUGUUAUUUUAAGAUAAAUGAUGGAACUACAUACUUCAAUUUAUUAGUCUGUCCAUAUUAGUAACUAGUUAUUUUAUACUACUUACCUUUAUUGCCAUUGUCUUAUAUGCGUAGUUAUUCUUACUGUCAAUUUUACCAAAUUAUGUUGAAAAGUAUGCCAUAUUUUGGCCAUAAUGUUAUUUAUAUAUUAAUUGUUGAGCAAUAUUUAUUUGGAACUAUGUUAUCCAGACAUAUUUACUACAUUUUAUAUUGAUCUUGUUUUGGGCAUUAUGGCUGGUCCAGAUUAAUCGAGAUUUCUCUUUUCGUAGAGUUUUUAACUAAAAUUUUGGUUUCACUAUAUCAGUCCUUAACUUACCUAAAAUUUAAUUUGCUUUAAUGGCCACACAAAGAAUCGCAAACCUCGAAAUUAAUUAAUUACACUACGCGGCACUCUCAGCGCUGACUAAGCGACUCUUUCUGUGGCCAUUAAUGUAGGUUAUCUUAAAAUUUUUGCACACGUAAUGAAAUACUUUAGUUCUACUUACAACUUUAUUUUUAUCUAUAACCUACUUAUUCACACAUAGGUACUUAUAAGUUAAUUGGUUUGUUUAACUAUACAUUCUGCCUUCGUAGACUUCUGUACCUCUAGCACGAAAAACUUUCGACUUCGAAUCGUUUGCGUAUUCGAAUUGCCAUCAAAAGGUUCAGUAUGAAAACAGCGCCCCUGUGAACGUGAUGUAAAGUGAACUUGGUAU